AAUGUUGGGCUCAAACCUAUUACUCAGUGGCAAUGCUAUACCAUCGAGAAGUUUCCAGGAUUUAUAUAUAUACGCAAUCCUUUCCUAAAUUGCGGACAGCGUUAUUGGAUUAAACGUUGCUUAAAAAAUUUUCAUACCUAUCCAAGUAAGACAAAUUUAGAUGCCCAUGGUAACAGUACUAAAGGCAAGGAGGUCGUAACUAAACAUAGAAAUGACUUAAUGGAUAAGUUAAGAUGGACAACCUUAGGAUAUCAUUAUGACUGGAGUACAAAAGAAUACUAUCACAACAGAAAGAGUGAAUUUCCAACAGAUCUUGCUGAACUUACCAAAUUACUAGCAGCAACUGUAGGGUUUCCUUUAUUUUCUCCUGAAGCUGCAAUUAUAAAUUACUACAAGCUUGAUUCUACUCUAAGCGGCCAUACCGAUCACUCCGAAUUUGAUUUUACUGCCCCUCUAUUUUCUAUCAGUUUUGGACAAAAAGCAAUCUUUCUUUUGGGUGGUCGGACAACUUCGGUGACUCCCGUUGCUAUGUAUAUUGAAAGUGGUGAUAUCUGCAUUAUGUCAGGGGAAUCGCGAUUAGCUUAUCAUGCUGUGCCUAGAAUUAUUUUAGAAGAGAGAAAUUCUUGCAGUAACCUACAGGAUAACAAUUAUACCUCACCUGUGUUAAGUUUAAAUCAUGAUUGUAACAGUUUACAAACUUUGUGGACGUCAUUCAACAAUUACCUAUUGGGUGGACGUAUUAACAUGAACGUUCGACAAGUACUACCAGUGAAUGGCAAAUUUCCUAUUAAAGUAGCCUCAUUACCGCAAGUGUGA